ACACAACAAAAAUGGCAUUGAAAUGGCGACAAAAAUAUAAAAGCAGAAAAAGGCCAAAGAAACUGAAACAACGAACAACAGCAACAAGAACAAGCACUGCCCAAACAACAGCAACAUUAACACCAACACCAACAACAACCAGACUGAGAGAAAAGAGAAUACGGAGGGUUGAAGGAGUUGAAAAGUGUAGAAACAGGAUGCAGUUGCAGAUGCAGCUGCCAAAUGAGCGACACAGAAAUGUCACAAAAAUGUUGCAAAUGCUGCAAAUGUCAUCUGAAAUGGCAACAGCAAGGGCAACAAAUCUAACACAAUGUCAUGCAAUUAAAGCAGCAGGAGCUGCACCAACAACAGCAACAGCAACACCAUUGAAUACAAUGGCUUCCAGCUGGAGGAGCAGCAGCAACAACCUCCUUCUCCAUCAGCAACAACAACAACAACAGCAUCAUCACCAUCAGCAUCAGCAUGAGCGGCAGCGGCGACAACCGUUUCCGGCGUCAAUGCUAACAUGGCUCGUCUGUGUGGCAUUGAGUCUCGUCCUGGCCACUGCCUCACCCUCUCCCGCCUCCUCAUCUGCUGCUGGUCCUGGUGGCUCUGGUCCUGGCAAACCUGCCAAUUUGCAAAUGGGUCCCGCUUCCGGCUCCGCCACCGGUUGCUCCCUGGCCGAGUUUAGUUGCUCCAAUGGACGCUGCGUGCCGUUGAGCAAAUUCUGCAAUAACAACAACGACUGCGGCGAUGGCAGUGAUGAGCCACGAUUUUGCACACGCUGUAAUCGCACCUACUAUGGCGACAUUGGACAGACUUAUGCCUUGGAACUGCAUCGACCCAAACAGGAUCGCGUGCCCUUUGUCUGUGUGCUAACGUUUACGGCGGCAGGUGGCCAGCAUGGCGAUGUCGUUCAGGUGACUCUGGAUAGCUUUACCAUUGGCCGUUUCACAUCCUAUGUACAUGAGGGUUGCCCGGAUGGUUAUAUGCAAAUAGCCGAAUCAGCACGUACCCCCAUCGGUGGCAUGUGGUGUGGCAGCUCUUGGGGUCCCGUAUUAUUCUAUAGUGAGACGCGCUCCUUGAUAUUCACCAUCAAACUAAACAGACUGGCAAGGGAUCAAAGCGGUUACAAUUUCGACUUUCGCAUUCGAUACAAAGUACUAUCCAAGGACAGUUCAGUGACACGCUAUGGGGGCAUAAAGCUAGCAGAGCUCGCCCAGUGGCACAAUCGCAGCAGUUUUCUCAAUCAGCAACAGCAGCAGCAGCAGCAGCAACACCAACAGCAGCAGCAGCAUCAGCAGCAGCAACAGGGCACAGGAGCUGCCUUGCACGAGUUUACCAACUCAAGUGGAGCCCGAUCGGAUCGGUAUGGUCAGGAUUUUAGUCUUUUUAGUGCCUAUGCCAAUAAUAAGACAUUUAUGGACUCAUUGGAGAAACCAUUGAUCAAGGAUGAACUUAAUUACACCGAACCGAAAUAUUAUUUGGGUGAUCUCAUUCCUGGCACAUAUUGCUCACGCAUAUUCAGUGAUUGCGACAAGAAGUCGUGUCGCCUGCAAUCACCCAAUUUCCCUGGCAUCUAUCCACGUAAUCUUACUUGCUACUAUGCGGUGCGACAGCACGAUGUGCCCCAUGGCAAACAUGCUUUGAUUCUAGUCAAACAGCCGAAGGGCAAUCUGGUCUGGAUUUCCACACAGGAAACGGCCGCCACUAACAAAAUGGCGCCACCACCCAGUGCCAGUGACAAGGACAAGAAAUUCGAGCCGAGACUAAAAACAUGGAAUGACUGCGAUUACAUUCAGGAAAAUGUAAAACCCAAAUGGAAAUCAACGGACUACGUGACUGUCUAUGAUGGUUAUACCACACGUGAUCCCAUAAUAUUGAAGUUUUGCGGUGGAGGUCAGGCAGUGCCCGCAGCUGUCUCCAGCGGCCCGGAGCUAUUGGUUGAGUUCAGCACGUCGCCAUUUGGCACCUUUACGGGCACCUCAUCGCAAGUGCUGCCACUAUACGGAUUCCAAUUGGAGGUGGAAGUUCAAUUCGUGGAUAUUCAAAGUCCAACAUACUCAAAGAACAAAAAACCAUGCGAAUUCUGGAUACGCGGAGCUGGUCGUGGCAUUCUAGAGAAUCCCAAACACUCGUUGGCCCCCAAUUCCACGUGCCUGUACCAUUUGCAGGGCAUGGGAGUCUUCAAGACCUUUGAUCAUCUAAGUUUAUCCCGUCGCACCAAUAGUCAAUCGGGCAUACAUCAACCCUUGUCACGCUUUAAGGUUUGGAUUUCUGUUUUGAAAUUCAACUUAGAUCCCGAAUUCGGACAGAUCGAUGAGACAUCAGUGGGGGCAAUUGGAGUACUACAGACACAGGAGGAUUGUAGUGGCAUGUUGCGCAUUUGGGAUGGCACGCUAAGGGAUCCACCCGUCUGCAAGGAUCUCAACUGCAUCAGCGAAACGAGCGCCUACAACUCAUUGGGCCACUAUAAUCAUAAUUCCACCAAUGUCAUUGCUCGCUUCUGUCGGGGAACUAUACCACGUACUUGCGAUCGCUCGAAUAUCAAUGAAACCUACGCCAGACCAUGCACCAUUUCGGAGAGUUAUGUGUCCAGCAGUGAUGCCAUUACUCUGGAAUUACGCAAUACCGAAUCAACAGUGUUGAGACCCCUGGACUUUAAGCUAAAAUAUGAGUUUAUUGAUCUGCAUCAAGAUGGUCUGCCAAUGGGCGGUGGGGAGCACGAUUGUAAUCGCAAGUUUCUUAGCAAUAUGAUGGAUCGCAAGGAUCCGGCCAUCUUUCGUAGUGUACGCAACAUUUUUCUAUUCGGACGCGGAGGUACACGAAAUUUGAAAUGUGUCUAUAAAUUUGAAGCUCUGCGCGGCGAAAGGGUUCGCAUUAAAUUGCGCAAAGUGACAACAACAAAUCGGCCAUGCUACUCAAGAUUGGAUGAGGACAUUAAUCGAUCGUUUUGCUAUGGCGACACAAAUGUUCGAAUCGAGAUAUUUGAACGUCCCUAUCAGGACUCGAUUCUGUUGCAUCGCGGUUGCCUUUGCAACUCUUCAAAUGAAUCACAUUUACCCGUGGAAUAUACAUCGACCAGUCGGGAUGUGGAAGUGCAUUUUAUAGCCCAAAAUAUGACGACUCUGGAUGACCCGGAUACAGUGAACUUUGAGGGGAUGUUUGAGUUUGUCAAGGCACCAACUAGCUGCAAGGAUGGACGUCGCAAAUUCGGACCCAGCGGCACCAUAGACAUGACCUUUGGAGAUAUUGAAUGCCGCUCUCGACCUUGGCUAAUUGAACCGUCGAAUGGAAACAAAUUUCUUUAUGUGCGUCUUAAGGCCAUCUUUUUAAGCAAACACAAUCCCAAAAAGAGUCUGAACUCCACCUUUGUGCAGGCCGAUAGCUGGCGCUGUGAGACAAAAUCAAGAGCUGUUCUAACCACAUCGGAGGGUCUCACCAUAGUGGCCUGCCCUUUGAGUCCGGAAUCGAGUGCAUAUGAGUUUGUCGAGAUCUUUAGCUCUGGCUGGAAUGAGCGUCCCAACUUUGCCCUGGUCAAUAGAUCUAAAGCCAUUAGUGUUGAGUUUCUAAGGCCAGGCAAUGGCGAAUACACAUUCAACUGGAUGGAGCUAAUGCCCAGACCCACUCUCAGCAUGGCGGAGGAUUGUCAAUACAAGUGCGCCGAGUUGGGUGCUUGUGUUAAUGCCAGCGUUUGGUGUGACGGUACUGUCCAUUGUCCUUCCGGCGAUGAUGAGGCCUUCCUGCAGUGUUCGGCCCUAAUGAAAUUGCCCGCCGAAAUUUUGGCCACACUUUGCCUCAUUUUUGUGCUCUCGUGUUGUGCAUUUGCUGCCUUUGCCUACAAGAAAAUCAAACGGAAACUACGCGGUUCUUCGGUGCUGCAGACACGCCUCAAAUCUCUCAGCUCUAUGGAUACAGCCGUUUUGGAUGAAAAGGAGAGAAAAAUCGUCGUCGAGACCAAGAUCUAAGCCUUUUGGAGAGCAGCCAGUCAGAGCAGCCGGCAAAAAGGGCAGGGAGCAGGGAUCAGGGAUUCCAAAGGCAAAACAGCAACACAGACUGAUACAGAAUGAGAAAAACAGAGCCAGAGAGUGUGUGUGAGAGAAAGAGAGAAAUUGAG